AUCACGAAUGCGAAGGCUACUGUCUUAGCAACCAGGCUAUUUGAAAAAUGUAUGAAGGAUCUCAUGUUUCGCUACAGCUUGGAUGCCUACACCAUACAAAAGGGACUUCACAUUGGGUGCGUCUCGCUCCGCUUUUGUUACCACAAGUAUCCAAUCAAAGCAAACGCCACAGAUGCAGCUAUGGAGCAGUUAACUAGCUGCAUACGGAACAAUAUGUACACGUUCGCAAGCAUGGGUGAGAAAUAUUUUCAACGUGGAGGCAUUACGAGGGAGCAGUUCCGUACCGGCAUACGUGAGAUGGAGAUCUGCAUGGUGGAGAAAAAGGUCGUGCCCCCGGAUGGGAACAUUGCCUUGGCUGUUCUCCGCUGGUUUCGUUCUACAUUCUUUCGCUAGAGUAGAUAACUGGCAACCUGGAAUACACCUAUCUGAAUGAAUACCUAUAUGAACACGUAUCUCGCUUAGACCACUGAAGAGACAUCAAGGUUAAAGACUCUACGCAAUUGUUCAUUCUUUUUUUAUGUUGUUGUUUCUCUUUCAAAUAAUACAUUUUUCUGAGCAUAGAACUGGAGUUUUAACUUCCGCAUGCGAGCGCCUUUUUUUGGUCGGAAUUUAACCGGAGC